AUGUCGCCGUCAGCUUCCAACAGCCAUAUCGGCCAGGACGGCCAGAACGGUCAUGUUCCCUUCCUUCCUCUGACCUACGACAAUAAUGACUCUCAAAACUCGGGCCUAAAGAUCAUCCUAACGCUUGCCCCCGACUGGACCAGCGAGGACUCCCGCGUGGAUUUUGUGCGCUUCACCGAUGGCAUCACCAACACGCUGCUCAAGGCCGUCAACCGCCGGCCCGGGCUUUCCAAGGAGGACAUCGACCGCGAGUCCAUCCUGCUCCGAGCUUACGGUAACGGGACUGCCAUCCUCAUCGACCGUGAGCGCGAGGCCGCGAACCACGAGCUGCUCUGGAAGCACGGCCUCGCCACCGAACUGCUUGCUCGCUUCCAAAAUGGCAUGCUGUACCGCUUUAUCCCCGGCACCGUUGCUCGCGCCCAGGACCUCAGCGAUCCGCCUAUCCUGACUGCCGUUGCACGACACCUUGCGCAGUGGCACGCGACAGUGCCCUGUCUUCCGAGCCCGGUCCCGAACCAUGGCGGCCCCAACGGCUACACUAACGGCGACUCCAAGACCACGACCAACGGUCAUGCGAAUGGAGACGGCCAGAAGUCGCACCAGGAAAUGAUUGACAACGCCGCCCCGGGGAAGCCCCCGCCUAACAUGUGGACAACGAUGCAGAAGUGGAUUCUCGCCCUGCCCACCGAUACCGAUGCUCAGCGUGAGAGGCAAGCUCUACUUCAACAUGAGCUGGAGGAGAUGAGUGAGAAGCUCAGCCAGCGUCCUGGACUCGGUAACAACGGGCUUGUCUUUGCUCACUGCGAUCUGCUGUGCGCCAACGUCAUUAUUCACCGCGAUGGAGAUGCGGAAACAUCGGUGAGCUUUAUUGAUUACGAGUAUGCGACGCCAUCGCCAGCUGCGUUUGAUGUGUCGAACCACUUUGCAGAGUGGGUUGGGUACGACUGCGACUACGCAGCCGUACCCACUCGAAGCCAGCGGGCGGCCUUUAUCCGAGAGUACGUCAAGACGUACUUCAAGCUCACAGGAGAGGAGGUCGAUGAGGAGGAGGAAGUGCGCAAGCUCACGGAAGAGGUUGACGUGUACCGAGGGGUACCCGGAUUCUACUGGGGCAUCUGGUCGAUGAUUCAGGCCGUCAUCUCCAAGAUUGACUUCGACUAUGCCUCAUACGCCGAGCUGCGACUGGGCGAAUACUGGGCGUGCAAAGCCGAGACCGACGGGAGCCGGGAGGCGUCAGGGAAGGAGAUGCCACUGCGGGAGAAGACGUGGUGGAGCGAGUAA